ACCACUUCCACUCUUCUGUAAAAAUAGAAAUAAAAAAGGAUAAUCUGAAUAACAACAUUGCUCCAAGCUAUACCAAGCAAUCUUUACAAUACAUACCUGGUCCCUUUUCCUAUCACCCCAUCACCCCAACAUGAACCAAGCGUCCUCACCACCAACCAUGCCAAACUCCACCAUAACCCUUACCCCAAUCAACCUCCACGAACCCGCCGACUACGCCGCCCUCCAACACCAGCGCACACUCUGCGGCUGGGAUCAAACCGACGAAGCCCUCCUCGCCUGGCGCGCCAAACAAGACGCGGGCCUCAAAUCCUUCUUCUGGAUCGACAUCGUCCCACCUUCCACCUGCACCUCCGCGUCUACCUCCACCUCCAGCAGCAGUAGCGACAAUAACAACAGCAGCAGCAGCAGCAGCCAGGAUACUGCAGUGGAACCAAUUCACGCAGGCCACAUCUCCCUCGACGCCUACGCCCACCCGCCAGACCCGGACCUGGCCACAGCUGACGGCACCAACCUCACCAUCCAGUCGUUCUUCAUCCUCCCGGCGCACCGGAAGGGCGGGCUGGGCCGGCGCGCGAUGGCGCUGGUCGAGGAGCGGGCGCGCCGCGACCCGCGCUGCAGGUACGUGACCCUCAACGCGGUCAGCAAAGCGUACUACGCGGACCCGGGGCGGCGGCGCUGGAUCGAGCGCAUCCGCGGCGAGGGCGGGCUGCCGGUCGCGGAGUGGUAUGAGAGGAUGGGGUAUGUGCGGUGGAAGACGGAGCCGCGGUAUACGGACUGGACGCCGGAGGGAGAGGAGGUGGUUCUCGAGGCGGAUUUUAUGAGGAAGUUGGUGGGGUGAGUAGAUGGUGGGCUGUGGGUUGGGUUUAGUGUGCUGUGCUGUAUAUAUGGGGGGUGGAGGGGGGUGAGAUGGGAUGGCUUGUAGUACAUACGAAGGGCUGCUGGAUGUAGAUAGGGAUGUGCUGUAUAUAUGAGAACACAUAUAUGUUUAGAGUGAUUUCAGGUGGGUGAGUGGGUGCUGAAUUGAGGUCUUGCCGGGUUUGUCUUCAACUGGAAUAUGCUGGACCUUACCUUCAAGGCUUUCAAUGCUGGGUGUGGUUGUUAGUUCUCUGAGCGUAGUGAGCAGAAACACAGUAGACUACGUGAUUGGAGGCUUAUCUUUGAUUGGCUG